CCUCGCGCGGACCGCGGUCACAGCACAACUCGUUCGGCUAUCGAGCUGCGCGUUUCCGUUCCGCGUCGAGCGUAUAUAUACAUACACAUAUAUAUACAUACGUACACGGCAAGUCGGAGUUUCGCGUGCGCCGGACGUCGAUCAUCGGUGUUGCGUCGUCCGCAUCAAUCGCCCCCCCGGCCCCCGAUUAUUUCUUCCCUCCGCUAACGUUUGACGGUGUACUCGCGCGUGCCGGAGCUUUUCUUUCUCUCUUUUCUCCUGUCGCGCCGCGCGCGCGAGCGUCUUCCGCGGUGAAGUAAGUGACGGUUCCGGGGAUAAGGAGAGAACGAGAGGGACUCGGAGUAACCCGACGGCGGUUUCAGCCAUGCGAUUCUCGUGGAUGCUCGCGGCCACGGUGCUGCUAGUUCUGGCCACGGGGGUGAGAUGCAAGAGGAAAUUCGACGGGGAUUUCGAAUUCGCCGAGGAGGAUGAUCCCCGCAUAAUGAAAGUUGGAGACAAGAAACGUUGGAUACACGACCCGAAUAGCGAACUUUGUCGUCCACUCAACUGCAAGAAGAAGGAACUUUGCCUUUUGGAGGACACGUUCACGGCCGUCUGCGUCUCGAAGAAAGAGCUUCACAAAUCAGGAGAUAUAGUGAUCCCGAAGUCUCGUGCAGUUCAACAGCGACGGAUGAGAGCCGAAACAUCAGUCGAUUCCGACGACGACGACGCCUUCUUUGAUUCCGAGGACGAUGACGACGAUCAAGAUGAGUCAAAGUGCCAUGAAUGUCCCGUGGUGAAGCCUACGUUCCUCUGCGGAAGCGACAAUCGCACGUACAGCUCGCCGUGCCGCCUCGAGUACCAUAACUGCAUUCAUCAUACCUCCGUCCACAUCGCCUGCAAAGGUUUUUGUCCGUGCAAAGUUGCCGAUCUGCGAACGUACUCGAAGAAGACGCAGAUGCAGAGGAAGAAGAUGCUCAUGGGCAAGAUGGGCCGUAACCACGACAUCACCCUCACGCCCCGCGACUUCAAUUACGAUAAUCAUCACUACCAGUAUCUCAAGUACACGAAACGCGGCAAGGGACUCGCUAACGCGAACAGAUACGAUGACAAGCAUCUGAUGAGCAACGAAGUCACGGACAAGACCCAGCCACCGUUGAAGGCGAUGUACAACAUGCAGUCACCAUCCAGAAAUACGGAUUGUCCGUCGUCGUCCAAACCCGCGAUGGCCAACCGCCUCCUAGAUUGGUUCUCCGUCGUGAUGGCGGACUCCAAGCAUCGCCGUCAGCAUCCUAAGCCUAAAGGUCACUUCCCAAUCGGUUGUCAGAGCGAGGUCAGGUGGAUGUUCGGGCAUUUGGACAGCGACAGCGACGGCCGACUCUCACUCUCCGAGCUGUACGGUCUGGAACACGACCAGAAUGAACCAUGCUUGAAGCCCUUCCUGGAUAGUUGCGAUACCGACAGCGACAUUUUCGUGAGCGGACCUGAAUGGUGCGGAUGCUUCUCUAAGGCCGAACGUCCGUGUGCCGCUGUGCGCAGACGAUCAUCGCCGGAUUCCGCACCUGUUUGUGAUUCGCGAGGAUAUUAUCGCAGUACCCAGUGCCACCGCGGCCUCGGUCUCUGCUGGUGCGUCGAUCCGCACGGCGUCGAGUUCGCUGGUACCAGAACGCGCGGCGCGAAGCCUGACUGCGACACGAUUGUGAACAAGAUCAGCAGCGGUGGGCUCAAAACCAACAGUGUGGACCUUGACGACGAUGAGGACGGCGGUACCGACUCCGCUCAGGAUCUUGAGGGCUCAGCCGAUCAACCUCUAGAUUUCUAGACGUUUGCUAGGAACGGCGGCCAGCAACGGAAGCGCAGCAUCUUUUAAUCGAGCAUCUUUAAGAGCGGAAGAACCGACCGACCGCGCGGUCGGAGGAGAGCGUGGGAAGGUGCGCGCGCGUCCGCCGGCUUCGGGAAUACCGCCGAGUCGCGUGAUCAGAGGUGUUCCAAUGUCAUCGUCGGGCCGCCUGUCGAUCCUGUCGAGGUCGCGAUCCAUGCGCGACGAAACGAAACGUGAGCCUAAAUGAGUUCCGAGAGCAACGAAAAAUAAGCACGACGAUCACUGUAGUUAUGGGAAAAAAAAGGUCCGUAGCGAAUCGCGCUGCGUGGAACCGGCAGAGAUCGUUGUCGAAUCAUCGUAACGACCUUAGUCGCGUCCUUCGUCCCAAGUUAGGAAGUUCCGAUCGACAUUUAAAGUAGCGAGUGUCUUGCCAUGUCGUGCAAUAAUCGCGUAAUGUCCAGCGGUAUGCGGCGCCUACAGCCGAGUCUACGCGCAAUCGUAGAUCCCGUGCAAUCAUAAUACCGUGCAAUAUCCAAUAGAGUCCGUGUAGAGAGUAUGCAGAUAUGGCCGAAAGUGUAUGUACGUGUGUGAGGAUUGCUGGUGACGGGGAGAGGGGAGAGGGGGGAGAGAGAGAAAGGGAGAAAAUUCCGCUGCGAGCCGCGCAGAACACACCGACACCGUUGGAUUACCUCCGUGCCUGUCGAGGUAUCUCCACGCACAAUUAAAAAUAUAAAUAAUAUAAUUACGUAUCAUUUAUGCAUACACAAAAGAAAACAGAAAAAGAAAGAUAUUCGUGAAAUAAGGGAGAAGGACUGGAAUAGAACGAGGUAAUUUCGUCAUAUUGAUCACGUACGCGUCGUGACACAAAUUGCAUUUAAUGGAAAAUCAUAAAGAAAAACCCCAUAAGCGUAUGAGGUGUGUCUAAAAAAGUAAUGAGACUGAACGUGGCGUAAAAGAUUUGGCAAUACUAUAUUUAUGUUAUCGACGCCAGAUGAGCACAUUCCUAAACUAUUGUUUAAUACAACUUACAAGUUCCAAGCCGAUAACGUCAAUACGUCUGAUUAAAUAGCGAGUUUUGUAAGUGUAAGCGUCACGUUACGAAAAUAUAGAAAAAGCGCAAUUUUGAGUAAGGGCUUUCAUCAGAUCUGAUAGACGUUUGACAAUCAGAAUAAUUUCAUCAAAUUGAAUCAUCAAUCCGUUCACAACAUUUUAACUGAAUAAUUCAAAUUCGGCUCAUUUGAGUGAUCUGAACUUGAUGACAAUGAUUGAACGCAAUAAUUUUUACGUCGGGAUUUCUACGUAUCACUUCAAUAGAUUUGGAAAUCUUUUUCCAGAAUUAAAAUAUACGCGUUAAUACAUGUCGGUCGCUCGGAAUUUAUGCCGAGAACGAAAGAAUUUAUACUCUUAAGGCUUUCACGGGUAUUCUCUUUAAAAGUACUGUAAGAGAUUUACAGGUUUUCUCUGUGUCUUGAUCCAUUGUUAAUGCCAACGUUUCGUCAACAAUGCUGUUCGCUUCAUCAGGACGAGAAGCAAACUUUGAUACUGAGCUGCUCCUCUGAAAAAUUCCUAAUAUAAACAUAUAUUUAUUCCCCUUCCUCCUUCUACUGAAAAACGUAUAUAUAUAUGUGCGAUAUUGAUGUAGUAAAUAUAAACACAUCACUACACAUUGCUACGUCAAUAUCACACGCAUACAUAUGCAUAAAUUAUCGAUUAAAAAAAACAGCGACGUUUUCAUCUCUACUAUAUCAUCCCCUUAAGAAUUCCAGCACUACCAGGAAACAAUGUCCUCGGCAGUGUGUGGCUUCUCAAAGGGACUACUUUGAAGGAGGUAAUAUUAAUUUGUAGUUUGACUGUUAGUAAAAAUAUUUAUAACAUAAAUCUCGUUAUUUUUUAGACACGCCUCGUAUGAUUUUCUAAUAAUUCUAAUCGCUAGAUUAACGAUGUAACGUUGAGACAUAAUGUUAAUUACGAAUUACGUGGUAAUAAUGCAGCAACCGAAAUCAAAUUGGUUGAGGGGGAAAAAAAAAAGACAGCGAGAGCAGGGAAGAAAGGGAUGUGAAGUCAUUCUGCUACUGUCACACCUGCACACGUUGGAACUUAGUUGAAUCACUUGACGAAGUAAAUAGGUUUUCGUAGCUCUUGCCACUUCACUUUCGGCUGUGUUUCGCCGAACGCGGUAUAGAAAAAUCUCGCCGUUAUUCCGCUUAUUUAUUACAUUCUCUCGGGCAAGCUCGGAAUGUUCUUUAAGUUAUUCUUCUUUCCCUCACAGACUUUCCAUCUUGCGUUAAAAAAAAAAAGAAAUUAGUGUAAGACAUGCGGAAUAAAGAACGACCUAUUUCGUAACGCGCUAAUGAUCUAUUUCAUAUUACGCAGUUCAAUCACGAUCACAGGACGUCGAGCUGGUUGUUAAGAGGUCGCGAGAUCGCUUAUAAAAAUAUAAACGUGGAGUAUUAUUAUCUAUUACACAUUGCGCGACUCGAUUCGCGCGGAGCAUUACGAUUCUUUACGCCCGCAAUCCGGAACGACAUCCAUCGUGCAAUGCUUGAGAGCCGUUUUCUACGAAGCUAGAAAAUGUUCCGACAUCGUGAUUCGUCUGCAUUUACUGUAAUUAUAAGCAUUUUUACUUACAACUUUUACUUAAAAAGAGUGUGUGGUACACCGUAGAUAUUAGAGUAACAUGUAAUCCGUAGAAAAAAAAAGAAAAAAAAAGAUCAGUGUGACUAUGUGAAUAUGCCCCUAGCGUUAGAAGGCAAUUUACGUAGAAAUAGCCGAUGCAAAAACUUACACUGUGUCUCAUUUAGAAUGAAGGUGACAAUUCAUUUUGCAAGCCUAACGCGUUUCACACUUCGACAUUCAUUCCUUCUACGAGGUAUUCAGGGAAAACAAUACUCGUCGCGUAUAUAUAUAUUGAUCAGAGACAACACAAAUUGUAUGUACUGAGAUUUUUAAACACAACUAACGGAAUGUACAUUUUCUUAUCUUCUUUUGUUUCUAUCAAUGCGUUUUAUUUCGGCGAUUCGUAAUUACACGGCAAUCCUUUCAUCAACUCUAUCGAAUUUUGUGACAAAUUAUGCACUUUUAUAUUUUUACCUUUCUCUUUUUUUACUCAAAAGGAUAACUCAAUAUCAUUUUGUCAGUUCAUCCAUAAUGUCUUGCCUUAAUGGACAUGGCGUGUUAAACUUGCGCAUUGAAGUAUGUAGAUGACACUUAAAAAAAAUAUAUCUACAUAUUUAAACUGAUAAACGACAUCGUCCGCAAUGAGCUAACGCAUAAUUCCUUCCUGCAUCGAGCGCAAUUUGCAUUCCGCCUGACUUAUUGUACUGUCGACCUAGACUAAUUAAUAUAACUACAAGCGAACGUAAAAUAGUUUUAUCGAGUCUUGCAUAUUGUAUAUAUAUGAUUAUAUACAAUGAAAAUCAUCGUCAGUGAUCUUCGUACCAUGAUGAUUUUUGUAAGGUAUGCACUUGAUCAAAGCGUAAAGAAUUUUUACUUCAUUCAAGAGCUACCGUAAAUAUCUCACUUAAUCGGUAUUGUACAUGUGGCUGUAAGAAUUCUUUAUGAAUAAAGAUUGUUGUAGAAAAA